UCCCUAGUGGCGGGGUAAGCGAAUCCGUACGAUAUGCCCAAACUGAGCUCACGUUACGUUAGUCGCAGUUACAUUCGCAACGCGAGUGAGUUAUCUUAUGAUUCAAAUAUCAGUUACUGACUUUCAUGUCAAAGAAACAUCUUGUCUGAAGAACCGGCUCGAAAAAAGAUAAUCAUGUCUAAUAAUACAAAUUGGCGAUGGGUCUUAUUUUAUCUACUCAUUGCAUAUACACGGUCGUCGAGUCAGGCAUCGACGCCAGAUUCAAAGAGCUAUAUAGCUGCGGUCGUAGAAUUUGCACCGGAAAGCAUGACCAAUAACAGCGUAUUCACUUUGCAAUCCAAUACAUUCGAGUAUGAGAAACUCAUAGAAAAUGCGACUAAACAGAACGCCGACAUCAUUGUUUUUCCCGAGGAUGGUAUAACUAGUUAUAACUUGCCAAUGAAAAAUGAAAUGGACGCGUGGGCAACGGUGAUACCCUCGGCGAAGGCAAAAUAUACACCUUGCGCUUCAAAUAUGACUGGCGUUAGCGAGACAUUGAAGAGGAUAUCAUGCGCCGCUAAGAAAAAUAAAAUAUACGUUGUCAUUAAUAUAGCCGAAAAAGAAGCUUGUACGAGUAAUGAUUGUCCAAAAAAAAAAACAUAUUAUUAUAACACCAACGUUGUAUUCGAUCGCAAUGGCACAAUAAUCGCAAAAUAUCGCAAAAUAAAUCUCUAUAUAGAGCCUGAGUUUGAUCGUCCGAAACAUCCAGAAGUGGUAACGUUCGAUACGGAUUUUGGUGUUAAAUUCGGAACGUUCAUUUGUUUCGAUAUUAUGUUCGCAGAACCUGCCUUGAGUUUAACAAGAGAUCUUGAAAUUAACGAUAUUGUUUUUACAACGGCAUGGUUCUCUGAGACUCCAUUUUUAACUGCCGUUCAAACACAAGCAGGUUGGGCGUACGCGGAGAAUGUAAAUCUUUUGGCAGCUGGAUACAAUAAUCCCUCAAGGGGUAGUACCGGCAGCGGUAUUUACUUAGGUCGCAAUGGGCCGAGCAAAGCCAUAAUGUUAUUUAACCAAACUACCAAAUUAUUAGUCGCGGAAGUUCCUAAGAUGAAGGCUCUGUCAUUGAAGAGUCAAGAAAUUCCAGAGUCGAAAGAGAACAAACACGCUCAUAUUCACGAUGAAUUAAGAAGAAAACGCGAAGUAGUCGAAGAGUCUUUGAAAUUAUUACGCGAUAAUGUUAGUUUAUAUCAGACAGAAAUAUUGAACGGCAAUGCUACGAAGACCUUGUGCCAUAAUAAUCAUUGUUGCAAUUUCACGAUACAAAUGCCUAACGUAGAUCCGAAUGUACAAUACCGAAUAGUUGUUUUUAAUGGGAUACGUAAUUUAGCGAAAAUACGUUGGAUUGGUGCACGCUUCUGCGCGGUAAUACAAUGUUCCGAUAAUAACAUCGAAUCUUGCGGAUCCGUUGUGAAUUCUACAGCGACUUUCGAUGAAAUCAGAAUAUCAGGAAAAUUCGAAGACUCGAGAAAUUCUUUGAUUAUGCCAAACACUUUGAACAAAUUAUUAUUGCCGUUACAAAACUGGACGUACGAGGAAUAUGUGCACGGCACUCACAAACACGUAUCUAUAUAUACGAACGUAACGAUGACGAACCCGAUAACAUUCGGUAUUUAUUCCAGAGAUUACGAUAGGGAUAUCAAGAGUACUGCUUCUUCAAACAAUAUCGCCUAUUUGUUUUCGAUUCUAAUGGCAUUCCUAUUGGCCCGUUUCUUAUAAUUGUUUCAACUACGACCUUCAUUCAAAGGCUUCCAUAUAUAUAUAUAUAUAUGCGUAUGUAUAUAUAAGUGAUUUUUUUUAUAUUUUCAGUUAAUAGCUACGUGUUUAUACUUUAAAUGUUUCGGAAUAUAAAAUAUUUAUAUUUUUGAAACAUAAACGGUAUUUUUGUCUGUGAUGUCUCAAUGUAUUAUGUAUUAUGUGAGAAGUAUAUAAAAUAUAAUUCUAUCUUAUAAAAUA